CUAAGGCUGUGGAGGGCUUUUUUCCCCCUUUUUCUUCUUCUUCUUUUUUUUUCCUUUUUUCUUUUUUUUCUCCUCGCGUUUGUAUCCCUUCUUCGAACUUCACGCAAAAUCUGUGAAUUUCGAAGAGGUGGUAACCAGAGUGGGAGAAAAAAAAAGAGAAGCGCUUGCUGGUUAGGGUUCCGUGUAAUCUUUUACCCCCCUUCUUUUCUUCAUUUCAACAUUUUUCUCCCACCACCUCGGCGGCCGCCAACCGUCUCUUACCUGCUCCGCGGCUGCCUGCGCGCGCUCUGACAGCUGCAGGUUGGAGAAGAGCGCGGUGCGCGUUAGAUUUUAAGCAAAUUGUCUUUUCUAAAGACAAUUUCUUUCCUUUUCUACCCCCUCCUUCACCCCCAACACACACACACACACACACACACACACACACACAGCCUCCGAGCUCAUUAUUUCGGUGGUGGCUUCGAGGUGAGCAAUUUUGUGGCUUUUUAUUCCCCCCCCCUCCCGCAAUUCUGCCCAAAUCCCGUCGGGGAUUGAUCGUCGGCGCCGGGGCUCUCUCCCCGCAUGCACCUGGCUCUUCCUUUUCUUGUCUGGCUCCCAACCUGUUGCCGGUCUUUUAAUCCUUGCGAUCGGGGCUCGCAACCCUCUGCGUACAUUUUGCAAGUGUCUGGGGGACGGCACCUGCGCUACCUGCCUGAGAUUGAAAAAUAAGAAAAAAGAGAGGGGGGAAAUCUCCAGGCGUGCCGCUCUUGGCCCCUCUUCUCCCGGCACUCUCGCUCUCCUGCCCCGCCCCGAGGUAAAGGGAGACUCGGAGAAGAUGGUGCUCACCACGGUCCUCCUGCUGCUGGCCGCCUAUGUGGGACCAGCCCAGGGCCUGGGCUCUUUCAUACACUGCGAGCCCUGCGAUGAGAAAGCGCUCUCCAUGUGUCCCCCCAGCCCCCUGGGCUGCGAGCUGGUCAAGGAGCCCGGCUGCGGCUGCUGCAUGACUUGCGCCCUGGCCGAGGGGCAAUCCUGCGGCGUCUACACCGAGCGCUGCGCGCAGGGCUUGCGCUGCCUCCCCCGGCAGGAUGAAGAGAAGCCGCUGCACGCCCUGCUGCACGGCCGCGGGGUUUGCCUCAACGAAAAGAGCUACCGUGAGCAAGCCAAGAUCGAGAGAGACUCUCGCGAGCAUGAGGAACCCACCACAUCGGAGAUGGCUGAGGAGACUUACUCGCCCAAGAUCUUCCGCCCCAAGCACACCCGCAUCUCCGAGCUGAAAGCCGAGGCCGUGAAGAAGGACCGCAGGAAGAAGCUGACCCAGUCCAAGUUUGUGGGGGGCGCUGAGAACACUGCCCACCCCCGGGUCAUCACUGCACCUGAGAUGAGACAGGAAUCGGAGCAGGGCCCGUGCCGCAGACACAUGGAGGCUUCUCUGCAGGAGCUCAAAGCCAGCCCACGUAUGGUGCCCCGCGCUGUGUACCUGCCCAACUGUGACCGCAAAGGAUUCUACAAGAGAAAGCAGUGCAAGCCUUCCCGUGGCCGCAAACGUGGCAUCUGCUGGUGCGUGGACAAGUACGGCAUGAAGCUGCCAGGCAUGGAGUACGUCGACGGGGACUUUCAGUGUCACACCUUUGACAGCAGCAACGUGGAGUGACGCGCCCUUCCCCCUGCUUCCCCCUCCCGCCCCCAGCCCCAACUCCAGCCAGCGCCUUCCUCCUCCCCAGGACGCCAC